AUGGAAAGCUCGAUAAAUAAAAUACUCUUAAACAUAACAGAAGAUUGCUAUAUCCAAAGAUGUUAUUUAGCAAAGCUAUUUGAAUUUUUGGAGUUAAAAAAAUUCUAAUUUUAAAAUUAUGAAUAUUAUGAAAAUGGAUAAUAUAGUUUGAGCUUAAAAGCUGAAGAUAUUUAUAAUAAAAAAAUAAUUGCAAUAGUUGUAAAAUUAACUGGUACUACUUUUACUUAGGAUAAAACGUAGUUAGAUAAAAUUUAUAGCAUAAAAUAUUAUUGUGAGAUAGAAGAGUAAUACGAUAAUUUAAUCAUUUAAAUAUUUGAUUUCGAAAGAUACCUAAAUUUAACAAAAGUUUUUCAGUGGUAUGAAAUAAAUUCGGAUAAUUAUUAACUUGUUAAUAAUUUCUAAGUUAAAAAAAGUAACUUUUAAAUUGAAUACUAAGAUGCUGUUAAAUUAGGUUAAAGCAUCUCUAAUUGUGCAAAUUUAUCCGCCCUUUAGCUAGAUUUGGACUAAACUUAGAUAAACUGCAUUUCAAUUCAAACGAUCCUAAGUAAAACUAGUUAAUGCAAAUAGUUAGAAUAACUAUCUCUCAAUCUAUUUAAAAAUCAAAUCAGCUUGCAUUCGUGCAAGGUAAUUGGAUCAGAAUUGAUUAAAUUCUAAAAUUUAAAAAAUCUACACCUUGAUUUAUAGAAUAAUAUGAUUUCAGAAAAUGACUUUUAAUGGAUUGCAAAAGGUUUAUAAUCCUUGUAGUUAGAGAGUCUUUCAAUAUUUAUAUUUCAAAAUAAAGCAUAUGGUCAGGGAGUAUCGCAUCUUGGCACUGCCCUUAGUUCCAUGAAUAAACUUUAAAAUCUACUUUUAGUUCUAAGAAAAUGUGGUAUAUCUUCUGAAGGAUUGAAGGAGUUCUCACAAGGAUUAAAAAAUUGCGUUAAUUUAAUUAACUUUCAACUUCAUUUGUCAUAAAAUGUCCUAAGAAAUGGACUCCAAUAUUUAGGAUAGGCUCUUUCAAAGUUAAAAAAAUUGCAAUAUCUUUAAUUAACUUUAAGACAAACUUUAAAUAAUGAUGAAGGUUUGAAUGUCUUAUUUUAAGGGUUAUCUAAUUGCUCCAACCUUCUUAACUUAGAUAUAGAUUAUGGUAAAAAUUUAGUAAGUUAAGGAUAAAUCGCAAUUAAAAUAGGAAAAUAUUUAAGCAAAUGCUAAAACCUUCGAACAUUUAAAUUAAAUAUAGAUUAAAACCAAAUAGAUGCAUAAAUAAUAAGAAACAUAUUCAAGCAUACAACUAAAGGAAAAAAGUUAACAGAAUAUUACAUUUCUUGA